CGUAGCUGCUGGCUGUCACAGCCUCCAUGUUUUAUUUGGAAUCAUGUUUAUUCAUAAAUAGAAAUUUAUAUUUCACAGGAAACACAUGUGUAAAUUAAAUCUAUAAUUUAUAACGACGUAUGACCGGCCACGUCACCGAGCGUGGCCUGACGUCAUCAGUGCGCGCCGGUUGUAAACAGAGGAAUGUAGUUUAUCCGGAACUUGGCCGGGUCGGUACCGGUAGGUCCUGCUGGAGUCCAGCUGACCCGGUUCGGUACGCCAUCAUUGUCACAACCGAAUCGGAACCUGGGCUCGAAUUCAGCCAGCUGCUUCCCUUCGGAACCAGGAUGAGAUCCAAGAUGGCCGCCCUGUUCGUCCUCCUGGUUCUGGUUCUGCUCCUCCUCCUCCAGCGGUUCUCCUCUUCCUCCUACCGGCCGCCGCCGCACCGACCCGCCUCACACAGAACUGGACCGGACCGUCCCGGUUCCUCUGAAGGAGACGGACUCCAGUACGGAGUCAUGUUUGAUGCUGGGAGCACUGGGACCAGAGUCCACGUGUUCCGGUUCCAGAUGGAGAACCCAGGGUUUCCUAGUCUGGACCGGGAGACGUUCCGGGCCAUAGAACCGGGCCUGUCCGCGUACGCCGACGAUCCACAGAAGUGCUCCGCCGGCAUCGUGGUGCUGUUGGACCUGGCUCGGUCCGUCGUCCCCCCGUCCCAGUGGACCAGAACCCCCGUGGUUCUGAAGGCCACGGCCGGCCUGAGGCUGCUGCCUGGUGACAAGGCCGAGCAGCUGCUGGACCGGGUGAGGGCGCUGUUCCAGGAGUCUCCCUUCCUGUCCACAGAGGACAGCGUGUCCAUCAUGGACGGAACCGACGAAGGGAUCUCAGCCUGGAUCACCAUCAACUUCCUGACAGGCGGGCUGCAGGGUCUGGACCGGCCCACCGUUGGGAUGUUGGACCUCGGCGGCGGUUCGACCCAGAUCACCUUCAGCCCCCGCCAUGAGAAAACCAUCCAGACAUCGCCGAUUAAUGACAUCAGAUCCUUCCAGAUGUUCAAUCGUACACACACCGUCUACACACACAGCUAUCUGGGUUUGGGUCUCUUGUCGGCUCGGCUCGCUGUCCUUGGAGGCGUGGACGUUCCCCCCUCAGGGGGCAGCACUGAGCGGGUCAGCCCCUGCCUUGCUCCAGGGUUCUCGGGCAACUGGGAGCACGCUGACGUCGUCUACACCCUGAAGGGCCAGAAGGAAGGGGAGCCAGUUUACGAGGCGUGCCUGAACAAAGUCCAGAAGGUUCUGUACAGGAAGCUGAGCGCGGCGCCUGAGGCGGCGGACGUCGACUUCUACGCCUUCUCCUUCUACUACGACCGCGCCGUCGACCUUCAGGCCAUCGAUGAGGCGGCGGGUGGAACCAUCAGAGUGUCGGACUACGGCCAGGCUGCGGAGAGAGUGUGCCGCGGCCCGCCGGACCUCCAGAACCCGUUCCUGUGUCUGGACCUGGUCUACAUCUCGGUGCUGCUGCAGGAGCUUGGCUUCCCGGCCCACAAGCAGCUCAGGCUGGCCCGCACCGUCCGCCAGGUGGAGGCCAGCUGGGCCCUCGGCGCCAUCUUCCAACACCUGGAGGCCCUCAGGAGACGCUGAUGCUUUUAUUCUGAAGGGCUCCACACAACAUCCUGUUCUGAUCCAGGCGACCUCUGACCUGCAGCUGGAUUGUCAAGAUGCCAUGGAGACCUACAAAAGCUGUGACCUAUAAACCUUACUUUCUGGGUUGGUUCUGGACCAGAACCGCUGAGCGGUACUGACAGGUCCAGGUCCGGUUCUGAACGGUACUAAUUGGACCAGGGGUGCACUCCUGGUCCUUGAGGGUCGGUGCCCUACAACUCUUGGACGUUUCUCUGGUCCAACACACUUGAAUCAAAAUGCUGAAUCACCUCCCAAGUCCGGUCCGGUCCGGUCCGGUUCUGCUAUUGACCUCAUUAUUUGACCUCAUUAUUUGACUCAGGUGUGUUGAAGUAGAGAUGCAUCUAAAAGUUGCAGGAGACCUUCAGACCUGAAGUUGCCCAUCCCUGAAUUGGACUCUUGGACUGGUUCUUUUGGGUUUUCUUUGUGAAUAAAGCUGUGAACUUUGA